AACCUCGAUCCCGCCCAGGGACUCUCAAACCACACUUCCAUGUCCUGGACAGCAUAUUGCGUAUAUAAAAAUUAUAUUGGAGUUUGCCACUGCACAUCAGAGCCAGCGCUCUACAGAUGAGCACCAUGGCGGGACAAGGACAAGGACCAGGACAAGGCCUCCUAACCUCCUUCCUGGCCGCCAUUCAAGCCUCCCUCUCCGUACUGCUGGUCAUCUCAUACGGGGCGCUAUCCGCGCGGCUCCAAGUGCUCGACGCGGCGUCCGCCAAAGCCAUCUCCAAGAUCUGCGUCCGAUUCUUCCUGCCCGCGCUGCUGCUCACCAAGAUCGGGGCCGAACUGCACGCCGGCUCAGCGUCCCGCUAUCUGGUCGUGCUGAUCUGGGCUCUCGUCUGCCAUCUCGUGUCCUUUCUCGUGGGCAGCCUUGCACAUCUGGUGUUUGGAAUGCCCGACUGGAUUACCGUGGCGAUCAUGUUCAAUAACACUACGUCGUACCCCCUGCUGUUGGUUCAGAGCUUGCACGCCACGGGUAUCCUGAGCGUAUUGGUGGAAGGGGACGGGACCACGCACGAUGCUAUCGAACGGGCCAAGAGUUACUUUCUAGUCUUCGCAACUGUGAGCUCCUGCUUGACAUUCGCAGUGGGACCACGGUUGAUCGAUAGCGAGCAUGCGCCUGAUCGCAAGGAGAACCACGAGACUGACGAUGCGGACGGGGAUGAUGAAGAAAGAAGAGAGGAAGACAGCAACGAGGCGACGGAUCGAACCCAUCUUCUCGGAGCUGAUUCUACACAAGUCCAACAGCUCGUGGUAUCGACCUCCUUCUUCCCCUCCCGGAGACACUCUUCGACUCCCAAGGCCGGACGCUACGACGAUCGCCGGCUCUCCCUCCUCGUCAUCAGUAAACGCCGCUGGUACGGCCUCAACGACCGCGUUCGCUGGUGGCUCCUUUUUCUCUACGAUUUCCUCAACGCGCCGCUGCUCAGCGCCGUCCUAGGCGCCAUCAUCGGCCUCGUGCCGGCCCUGCACCGCGCCUUCUUCGCCGACACCGACGACGGCGGCAUCUUCACCGCGUGGCUCACGGCCUCACUGUCCAACAUCGGCAGCGUCUUCGUGCCGCUCCCCGUGGUCAUCGCUGGUGUCUCGCUGUACCUCUCGACUCAGCAGCCCAGGUCCGAGGACGCCAAGUCCCGCACCUCCUGGCUGACCACCGGCUUCGCCCUGGUCGUCAGGUUCGUCCUGUGGCCCGUCGUGAGUAUCGCUGUGAUUUACCUCCUGGCUAGUAGGACGGCCUGGCUUGGAGAUGACCCCAUGUUAUGGUUUGCCAUGAUGCUGAUGCCGACUGGGCCGCCGGCUAUGAAACUCGUCGCCAUGGUAGAGGUCAGCGACGCGGAUGAGGAGGACGAGCACAAGAUCGCGAGACUGUUGACUAUAUCGUAUAUUAUUUCGCCGGUUCUGGCAUUUACGGUUGUAGGGAGUUUAAAAGCUAGCCAGGCUGCUAUGGGGGCCUGAUCACGGAUGGAUU